AUGAAGAAGCAUCACUCCGUGCAGGGCACCUUCAGCCGCCUCUUCGGGAAGCGCCACGCCAGCCCCGCCGCCGCUUCCCUCUUCGCUACCAACCCGCCCUGGAUCUUCACGCAGGAGGUGACCUCGGAGAGCGCGGGAGGCACCGGUGAUGUGAUUGAAGUGUACUAUGGUGACAAUCGCUUUGGGACAACGACCGACUCUGGCACAGCAACGCUCAAACCUCGUCCGAGAGUCCGGCCGCUGCUGACUUUCUUACCCCUUAAUGCCCAAGAAUCCCACGGAGUGGCUGUGCCAACGCCGUCGGUGCCAGAAGACUUUGAGGAAAAAGCAGCUCUUGGCUCUGGCUCCCAGAUCAAUGGAAACUACCGAAUGUACAGCUCAGUGGGGGACCUGCGCCCGCAGGCUCUCGAGGGGGAUGACCUGGACGAAGACAUCCCUCCACCGCCGUCGGUACCCCCACCACCCCCUCCAACGGCACCGGCACCUGCGCCACCACCUCCAGCCUCGCCAGUCCCUCCACCACCCGAAAUGCUGCCUCCGCCACCACCGCCGCCACCACCUGAGGUGGUGCCGCCACCUCCUGCCAUGGCACCUCCGCCACCUCCAGCCUCUGCCCUCUCCUCCCCCAGCACACCGGCUCCUCCAGACUUCAUCCCACCAGCCCCACCGGGUGCCUCGCCGCUCAGCCGGGCCCUGGCACCCUUCACCACCGGCAUCUCCAAGUGGAAGUCCGAGACAGUGCUGAACACGAGGCAGGCAGAUGCUGAGGGGCCGCUCUCCCCUGCCGAGGCUGGGGUGCCGGCUGUCCCCAGCCCAAAGGAGAGUCUGCAGCCCAAGCACUGCCCCGAGCCCCACCUCACCUUCCCCAGGUCCUUCAAGGCCCCCCCAGCCCCAGCCCGGUCCUCCUCCAUCCCCGUGCAGGAGAGCCAGCCCACCCGGCAGGAGCCCUUCCCCAGGCAGCCUCACACCCGGCCUCCUCUCCCACCCUGCUUCACCAUAAGACCCGCGGCCAAGGCUUACGCAGGAGGAGAAGCCGAACAAAGAAAUUCCCCACAGAGACAGGCCAUCACAAAGCCGGCUGUGCCAAAACCCCCACCGCUGAGCCCCAAGCCGGAUCCAGGGCUCAGCCAAGGGACGAAUCCUGCUGGUCACCGGUCCCCACUGCCAGGCUCUGAGAUGGAGAAGGUUCCCCAGCCAAAAAGAGCCGAGAGAGACUCUCCUCCAAAAUCUGAAUCUCUCUCUGCAAACGACCUGGACCUUCCCCCUCCAGACUACCCGACCUGCGAGGAUGACUGGAGGGACGCCAGCAACCUGAGCAGGCUGCGGCACGAGCUCUCGGCCCUCCUGUGCUCCCCACGGAGGGAGGAAAGGCCACCAGAGAAGCCGGCUGCUCCCUGGCCUGCGGACAGCGGUGUUGACCGUGCCGGCAGCCAUGAGCCCAGUCUUAAUGGGCCCCAACUCGCCGGACCUGCCGGGAAGGACAUGCGGUUACCCGCAGGAGGGGAGAGUGAGAAAAAAGAGGUGCCCAGCAGUCCCCCCAGUGCCAAGGGGGGCUCUCCCAGCGCGGUGCUCCCCACUCUGGAGAGCAACCCCACCACGCAGACCCGCAGCGUGAUGAAAAUCAGGAACGAGCUGGAGGCUGUGCUGUCCCUGAAGAAAGAAGGGAAACCUGCUCUGGGGCUCUGCAGCCAGAAGCAGGGUGCCGAGGAUGGCGGCAGCACCCCACGUAUGAGGAAGAGCCCCCCUGACCCGAGGAAGAGCCCCUCUGACCCAGGUGACUCGGUGCUGCCGAAACUGGCCCCGAGCCCGCUGCCAGCACCAGUGGAGAAGGAUGAGGUGGGGCACGAGGACCAUCCUGCUCCUGCUGCUAGCAAGGCCACAGAGAACUUGACCCCUGCUCCCGGGUCCCUCGACAGCAGUGCGAGCCCCCCAGACCCACCUCAAGGACCGGUGGAGGAGCCCCCUGCUCCCACCUCCCCCUCGCCCCCCAUUUCUCCCACACAGAGCCCAGCACCACAGCCCAACACGGCCAUCUUCCAGUACAAAGUGCACCAGGCUGGGGCCAGCUCGGCUGAACCGCCCUGCGCCUUGAGCUCAGCUGAACCGCCCUGCCCCACGAGCUUGGCCAGGAGCCCGCCGGGCGCCUCGGGAGCAGGACGAGAGGAAGUGCUGAUCCACCCCGUGACGGGCGAGCGGGUGGAGCGGGGCUCCCCCAUGGCGCUGCUCCUGGCAGCCCGGCAGCGUGCCCAGCGGGGCCGGCAGGGUGGUGAGGUGGGAGCCGCGCCGCGGGUGAAGCCGCCCCUGAAACUCGGCAGCGCCUCGUCGGACACCACCUCCACCAGCUUCUACCGCCACGAGUCCAAGCCCUACUCCUUCACUGUGGUGCCCCGGCUGACUGCGGCGGGUACAGCAGAGUCAGGACGGAGCAAACUUCCAUCCUUCUCCAGCUCCUCGGAGCAGGGCCGGGAUGUGCGGGCAGUGAGUGAGGCGCAGCCCUCGAGCCUCACUGGGCACCGGCGGGCCACCGCCUCCAGCCUGCUGCGGGGCCUCCUUGAGUCUGGGCAGCCAAACCAGCCUGGCCUGCCCCGCCAUGGCGUACCCAGGGAGGAGGAGAACGGGGAGACGGUGCUGGACUACGGGAUUAUCCCUCCGCCCCCCGAAUUCAGCAAUGAGGUGGACGAGACUGAGGGGCCCCUCCCAAGUCGGGAGGAGAACCCCAAGUGCCCCAGCUUCCCUGACUGCAGCCGGGGCUCGGAGGCACCGCGGUAUUUCAGGUGGCCCGGCUACGGCCGCGGCUAUGGGAGCAGCCAUGAGCCACCAGCCCCGCUGCCCUCGGAGAAGAGCAGGAGGAGCGUUGACUUCACGCCCCAGUACCCAGAUUACAGCAGCUCUGCCGGUUACUUCAGCCGCUGCCCGAACCCCCGCCCACUGAUCAAGAAGCGCCUGUACGUCUCUGAGCCCGACAGCUCCUACCCCCGGGCAGCUGCAGCCCCCCGGGGCACGGGCACCCUCUCCUCCUACGGCCCCGGGGGAUACAGCUCCCCGGCCGGGGAGGGGGUCCGCCGCCUCGGCUCUGGCCACAGGAACGGCCCCACGAGCGCGCAGGGCAGGCGGACGUCCAUCGAUGCUGCUGGGAAAGCCGUGCCGUACGGCAGCACCGGGGCUGAUGCCAAGUACAAGGGGCAGAAUGGGGAUUUCUCACCCACCAGCGUGGUGGCAGCCAGCAGACCUGCCCACGGCAGCUUGCAGUACAGCGGACCUACCAACACCUUCACGGUCAGGCCCGGGGCACGGCAGCCCAUCUCCUAUGCCUACCAGAGCGGCCACCGAUAGGCCUGUCCGCAGGGCUGCUCCGCCACCUUCAUCCGGCUGGGAAGGAGCGAGAAGGCGCCUGGGUUGGUCAUCUCCUUCUCCGCGGGCACCAGGGACGGUCCCAACCCAGCCAGCAAACACACUGCUUGAAACUACUGAUGGAGAAGGCGGGGAGUGAACCUGGGACUGGGACUCUUCUCAAAAGACUGUCAUGGAGCGUGGUUACUACAGAGGACAGGCUCCUGUCUUGUUACGUGAGCAAACACAUUUUUCCUUCUCCUAUUUCCCCCCCUAUAUUAUUUUCAAAAUUGCAGCCUGAUAGGUCUUCUAAGAAAGCCAAAAAGCAUCCUUGGUUCUCUUUAAAGAGCAGCACCACUGGAGAGAUUGUUUUCAGUUUGUUUUUUAAUUGGUUUAAAUCCAGCACGUUUGGGGGUAGGGAGAAACCAACUGGGAGAUGUGCAUAAUGGAAGCAAGCCAGUGUAUAGCUAAAUGUAGGGGAAUUAAAAGAAGAAUGUGAGGCCAAUGGGAUAGAGUUUAGGAUGUCUAGAUCCUAACCUCUUCUGUCCUCACCUCCUUCAACAGCCUUGAGCAAAUCAAUUGUGCCGAUGCCUUAAAAACAGCUCCUGGCUUUCAGUGCCUGUCCUGCCAAACCAGGGGCAGCUCUGCCACGAAGGUCGGGCUCCCCUUCUCCAGGGAGCAACUGGGGGGCGGGCAGCAGCUUUGGGAGCAUGGGCCCUCGCUUUCCUGCUCCUUUUGGUCACUGUAAAUGUUUCUGUUGGUAGUUAUUCCUCAUGGAAGAAGGCUGUGAGGCCUGGAUGGAUGGCUGUAGAGCACUUUGGAGACUUAAGACAUUAUGCAAUCCUUUUCCUUUAUCAGCUGGUGGGUGUCAGCGACUCACCAAGGUGCUGUGCCGGUGGUGCUUUCCUCGAGGGGUCUCUUGCCACUUCAUACCCACGUGAACCCCACCUCUAAAAGCUAAGCCACAGAGUCCUUAUAAACCGUUAUACUGAGACUUGGCAUUAGUUUGUCUGAUCUGGGGGACUAAGAAGCUAAAUUUCGCUGUGAUUGUAGAGUAUUUGAUGCUCCUGGUGUGUGGAAUGCCUGCAGUGACAUACCUAAGGGAGCUGGCUCCCGCUGUUUCCAUAAGCGCUUGUCUGGGUGCUGGGCGUGUGUGCAAGCCUGUCCCUGCUUCCUGCCAGUGCCUCUCUGAAGGAGCUAGUGAUGGCUAUGCGGUGGGGUAGGAGAUACGAGUAGCCUUAAAGAGGGUAUUUUAUACUACAGAGCAAGCAAUACAGUCUCACGAUAGCUGACCAAAGUUUUGUAUAGCCAACACCCUGAAAUUAGAAAUACAGAAUCUUCCUCAUAGGUAAACUUGCUGAAAAUCACUGUAAGAUAAGUGUAAAAACUUGUAGAGAAUGUUUUCUAAUCACCGACAAACUAAAAGCACUUUGAGACAUUAGUCUACUUUUAUGGAAAGCACUUUCUAUUUUCAAUACUAUACAAUAUCAUUAGUUCCACUCCAGCUUAUCCUGCAUUGCACGCACGUAGGUAUGUGUGCACGUAAGCAGAUUUUACUCUACAAUUCAACUCAAAAUUCAGUGAUAAAUUUUCCUUCACGGUGGAAUUUUCAAAAGAGUUAUCUUGAUAUUAAAGUUAUGUUGUUGACGUUC